AUGUCCGACGGAAGAAGUAAUCCCUCGACAUGGGACGCAUAUGAGCGGGGUGGCUCCCCAGAUCGACCUGGGAGCUUUUCCACCAGCGAAGCGAGACACAUCGCCUUUGACGACAACCAAUACCUUGGGCAGAGCCUCCGCACAACGGGUGCAGGAGAUUCAGAUGACAAUCUUCAGGCGAGACGGAGGAGGAGAUCUUCCGUCACGAACCGCAUCUCCGCCCUCGGCGACGUAGGAGGCGUCAACUCGAUUCGUUCCUUUCAACGCUCCUUGCAACGCGCGGCCGGUUUCCCAGAGGUUAUCCCACAGCGCCCGUCCUUCGUCUUCGCACCUGACCAAGAUCCCCUCGUCGCACACGAUGGAAUCCCAUACGGGCGGCGCGACGAAGAGGUGGGCGUAGGCCAUUCUGUGCCGCGCGUCUCCCUGCUGCGUCAGCAUCUCGAAGCCUCGAGCCCUGAGGAUGCGAUCCGGGACGAUAGCCCCGAGCCUUCUGGUCCUAGCGAGAUCCAGCCACUCCUGGGGCCUUCGGGUCGGCACUCUAGCCUGACGGGCUCAUUUCGCGAGCGGGAGCGCAAGGCGCUGGACAACGAGCUGCGUCGGACCUUCAGUACCAGCAGCGGCGGGACCCCUGGCAGCAUCUUCGCCGUUCCCCCUCAGCUUGCCACACCGGACAUUAUAGGGAGUUAUGGCUCGUUCCGCGACUACGGAAGCAUGUCCGGCGAGGAGGAGGCCCUCGGCAGAGAGUCCAUGGCUCAGGCUGGGGAGAUGUGGCGCCAGCAGCAGAUGAGCGGAAAUGCGCCGGAUGGGGAGAUGGAGCCCAUCUUGGUGAAGGAGGUUGAGGCUGAGGAUGGAAAGAUCGUGCUCACGGUGAAGGGCCAGAGCACACUGCCGCAGACGGUCUUCAACUCGAUCAAUGUUUUAAUUGGAGUCGGCCUCCUGAGUUUACCCAUGGGCAUCAAGUACGCAGGCUGGCUCUGCGGCAUGGUUACCCUCCUCGGUGCGGCGGCUGUCACCUCGUACACAGCGAAAUUGCUCGCUAAGUGCAUGGAACUCGACCCGAGCCUGAUCACCUUCUCUGACCUCGCAUACAUCUCGUUCGGCCGCAAUGCUCGUAUUGCCACGAGUAUUCUCUUCACGCUGGAGCUCCUCGCCGCCUGUGUGGCUCUCAUCGUCCUCUUUGCCGAUUCCAUGGAGCUGCUUUUUGACGGUGUGCUAUCCUUGAACCAGUGGAAGAUGAUCUUUGCCAUCAUUCUGGUACCCCUGAACUUUCUGCCGCUGAGGUACUUGAGCUUCACCAGCAUCAUCGGCAUAUUAUGCUGCUUUACAAUUGUCUUGAUCGUAAUCAUUGACGGCCUGCUCAAGCCAGACUCGCCUGGUUCUCUGAUCACACCGGCAGUCACUUACCUUUUCCCUGCAAACUGGCUGACGCUGCCGCUGUCCUUUGGUCUGCUCAUGUCUCCCUGGGGUGGUCAUGGCGUGUUUCCAAACAUCUACCGAGACAUGCGGCACCCGCACAAGUACGGUCGCGCUGUCAAAAUUACCUUCUCCUUCACGUGCCUCCUUGACGCCACCGCUGCUGUUGUCGGCCUUCUCAUGUUCGGUGACGACGUGCUGGACGCCAUUACCUCCAAUAUCUUCCUCACCGCCGGAUACCCAAAGGCGCUGACCUACAUACUGUGUGGUGUUAUUGCCAUCAUCCCUCUGACCAAGGUCCCUUUGAACGCCAGGCCUAUCAUCUCGACUGCUGAGGUGAUCCUGGGUGUACAUCAGCAAGCGAUCGCAGAAGGAUCUUCGGUCAUGGUGGGAAGGUCGGCAUACUUUAGAGGGAUCAUGAAGAUUGUCAUCCGCGUGGUGACUGUCUUGAUAUUCCUGAUCAUCUCUAUUGUCUUUCCGGCCUUUGACUCGAUUAUGGCCUUUAUGGGAUCUGCUCUGUGUUUUACGAUAUGUGUAUCCCUGCCUCUCGCCUUCCACCUGAAGCUAUUUGGUCAGCAGAUCAGCAAGACGGAGAAGCUUGUCAAUUGGGUACUCAUGCUCCUCUGCAUCGCUUUGUCUCUGAUCGGUACUGUGUGGGCAUUUCUGCCCAAGAGCCUGAUUGGGGCAGAGUGA